UCCCUUCUUCAAGCUACUAACAUACUAAGAUAUGGGCCCUUAGUUCCUUAAGAAGGACAGCUUACUUUCUUAGCUAAAUGUUGCAGCUUCUUUACAACUUUUCUCCGUGGGAGAUACACCACUGGGAUUGGGGAGGGACCAUUAGACCAGAGAAAAAUACAAUGGAAUCUAAUUCUCUUUCCACAACACCUUAGAUGCCGAGUCUCAAGCUGAGAAGGGUGGAAAUGGCAGACACUGCCUACCCUUUUUGCCAUCUUGUGGGGUCCCUAUCAUGUACCAAGUAGCAUCCUUAGGACAGAGAACUUCCCUGAGAGUCACACUUCUGGAUGGAAAGUCGCCCUCUUUUGGCUUGUGUCAUCAUAGAAUAGGUGAUGGAAGAACAGUAUGGUGCUAGAAGGAGAGAACAGUAAAAAGGAGUGCCCCUUUCUUUCUGCCCUGCUGCCAGAACUGCUCGUUUCACAUGACCCACCUUGGCAGUUACCCAGGAUGACUGUUGCUCACUCCCAUUCUACCACAGAGAAAACUCAAAACUGUUGGUCCAGAGUCACAUUUGGAGUUGUGACAGGGCCAUUCUUGGUCCCCUUGCCUUCUGGUUUAGGCCUUAGAUCAAAUGGUGUCCAACAGAGCCAGCUGGUUACUACAAUGGAGUCUUCUGGUCUGCCUAGAUGGGGCUGGGAGAGGGUCAGCUCCUGCCUUGUGGGUGGGUGAGGUACAGGAUAAUUUGGCAACUUAAAGAUAACGUCCAAACCAUAGUUGCACUGUUUGACUGGGAAGUGUCAAUUGUGCUGGUAAAACCAGGAAUACCAAUCGAUACUCAACUUAUAACAAAUAAAAAGUAAAAUCCUUCUUUGAGGCCCAGGAAGCCCUCCCCCUCAUGGGACUAACCAAGUUUAAGAGCUGUGUGCAUAAGGAAUGGAACUCCCUAACAGGGUAAAGGCAAACUUGAAUGAAACUGUUUUAUUCUAGCCUGAUCAUAAAUGUUCUGAGGAGCCACAGGGUUAGAGAUUCUGCUGGGAUAAGGGACAUUCGCAGAGGUUUCGGGGGGGUGCUAGACAAACUGGACAGGUGCACUGCAUACAGAGACACAAGGGACAAACAUACCGGAUCUGGAGGGGAGAGACUGAAAUGGUCAGACAACUGGCUCGCUGACAGUCUGAGUCUGACAUGCCAGCAGGAGCAACACAAGGGAACGAGCACCAAUCUUUGGGAGUGACAGAAUGAGGGCAUACCGUUUGCUGCUUGGAUAGUACAGGUGCUAAGAAGAGGAAGAGGAUGCCACCUGAGGUGGAGGUGUUUUUUUGUGGAGCACAACUAGGGACUCCUGCAGGCAGUGCCUCAGUUUUUCCCUUUGGGUCAAGGUCUCAAGCUUCACAGGUAAAGUUUGGACUAGCUGGCCUGGAAGAGCACCUAUCUGAUAAGCUUGCAAUUUGACCUGUGAGUGAGAGAAAGAGUGCAAGCGGAGUGUGCCUGAGCAUGGGGGGAAUUGGGCCAUGCCCCAGGACUUGAGCCAUCUCUGGCACAAAAGGAGUUAAUGGCAGGGACCGCGCCCCCCCAAGUCUGGGCACGCGCAGCGCGCCCCCUUGGUGCGCGGGCACAGCAGCCAGGCUGCCGGAGAGCUGAUCUCGGGGAUUCGGGUGCAGAGCCCUUGGCCUGGAGGCGAUAUGGGUGGUCCGUGGCCUGGUUCAGUCGCUUGCAGCAGCCCGGGGAACAGGCCUGUCCGGCCCUGAGGGAGUCCUCCUUCUGAAGCUGUGGUGCUUGGACGACCUGCUCUCUACGUUCAUUGCUGGGCACCUGUAGGUGUCCCUCCAGAGCUCAGUUUUGAGGUUCAAGUCAAUGUGGCCAUGAAGGGGCUGCCUACUGGGUUGAUGCUGUGACCCUGGAGUCUGCUUCUCCUGCCAGUCCCUCUGCCCGGAACAUGUGGCUGUGGCUUGGCCCGCCGUCGCUGUCCCUAAGCUCUAAGCCCACAUUUGGCCGGAGCCUGUGCCUCACCCUCUGGUUCCUCAGUUUGGUGCUGAGGGCCAGUACCCAGGCCCCAGCACCCACAGUCAAUACUCAUUUUGGGAAGCUAAGGGGUGCCCGGGUACCAUUGCCCAGUGAGAUCCUGGGGCCUGUGGACCAAUACCUGGGGGUGCCCUACGCAGCUCCCCCAAUCGGCGAGAAACGUUUCCUGCCCCCUGAACCACCCCCAUCAUGGUCGGGCAUCCGGAACGCCACACACUUUCCCCCAGUGUGCCCCCAGAACAUCCACACAGCUGUGCCCGAAGUCAUGCUGCCAGUCUGGUUUACUGCCAACUUGGAUAUCGUAGCUACUUACAUCCAGGAGCCCAACGAAGACUGCCUCUACCUGAAUGUCUAUGUGCCCACGGAGGAUGUAAAGCGGAUUUCCAAGGAAUGCGCCCGAAAGCCCAACAAGAAAAUUUGUAGGAAAGGAGGAUCCGGCGCUAAGAAACAGGGCGAGGACUUAGCGGAUAAUGACGGGGAUGAAGAUGAAGACAUCCGGGACAGUGGUGCUAAGCCCGUCAUGGUCUACAUCCACGGAGGCUCUUACAUGGAAGGGACAGGCAACAUGAUUGACGGCAGUGUCCUCGCCAGUUAUGGCAAUGUCAUCGUCAUCACCCUCAACUAUCGUGUUGGGGUGCUAGGUUUCCUGAGCACUGGAGAUCAGGCUGCCAAGGGCAACUAUGGGCUUCUUGACCAAAUCCAGGCCCUCCGCUGGGUGAGUGAGAAUAUUGCGUUCUUUGGAGGAGAUCCCCGCCGUAUUACUGUCUUUGGUUCAGGCAUCGGAGCAUCCUGUGUCAGCCUCCUCACAUUGUCACAUCACUCUGAGGGACUUUUCCAGAGGGCCAUCAUCCAAAGUGGUUCUGCUUUGUCCAGCUGGGCUGUAAACUACCAACCAGUGAAGUACACCAGCCUUCUGGCAGACAAAGUGGGCUGUAAUGUGCUAGAUACCGUGGAUAUGGUAGACUGUCUUCGGCAAAAGAGCGCCAAGGAACUGGUAGAGCAAGACAUCCAGCCAGCCCGCUACCAUGUGGCCUUUGGCCCUGUGAUUGAUGGUGAUGUCAUUCCUGAUGACCCUGAGAUCCUGAUGGAACAGGGAGAGUUCCUUAACUAUGACAUCAUGCUAGGUGUCAACCAGGGUGAGGGUCUCAAGUUUGUGGAAGGGGUGGUAGACCCUGAGGAUGGUGUCUCUGGCACUGACUUUGACUAUUCCGUCUCCAACUUUGUGGACAAUCUGUAUGGCUAUCCUGAGGGUAAGGACACCCUGCGAGAGACCAUCAAGUUCAUGUACACAGACUGGGCAGACCGUGACAACCCUGAGACUCGCCGUAAAACUCUGGUGGCACUCUUCACUGACCACCAGUGGGUGGAGCCCUCAGUGGUGACAGCCGAUCUGCACGCCCGCUAUGGCUCACCUACCUACUUCUACGCCUUUUACCAUCACUGCCAGAGCCUCAUGAAGCCUGCUUGGUCAGAUGCAGCUCAUGGGGAUGAAGUACCCUAUGUUUUUGGGGUCCCUAUGGUAGGCCCCACUGACCUUUUCCCCUGCAACUUCUCCAAGAAUGAUGUCAUGCUCAGUGCUGUCGUCAUGACCUAUUGGACCAACUUUGCCAAGACUGGGGAUCCCAACAAGCCGGUUCCCCAGGAUACCAAGUUCAUUCACACCAAGGCCAACCGCUUUGAGGAAGUAGCCUGGUCCAAAUACAAUCCCCGAGACCAGCUCUACCUUCACAUUGGGCUGAAACCAAGGGUCCGCGAUCAUUACCGGGCCACUAAGGUGGCCUUUUGGAAACACCUGGUGCCCCACCUGUACAACCUGCAUGAUAUGUUCCACUAUACGUCCACAACCACCAAAGUGCCGCCCCCGGAUACCACUCACAGCUCCCACAUCACCCGCAGGCCCAAUGGCAAGACCUGGAGCACCAAGCGGCCAGCCAUCUCACCUGCCUACAGCAACGAGAAUGCCCAAGGAUCCUGGAAUGGGGACCAGGAUGCAGGGCCACUCCUGGUGGAGAACCCUCGUGACUACUCCACUGAAUUAAGUGUCACCAUCGCUGUGGGGGCCUCCCUCCUGUUCCUUAAUGUUCUGGCCUUUGCUGCCCUCUACUACCGUAAGGACAAAAGGCGCCAAGAGCCCCUGCGGCAGCCCAGCCCUCAGAGGGGAACCGGGGCCCCUGAAUUGGGAGCUGCUCCUGAGGAGGAGCUGGCAGCAUUACAGUUGGGCCCCACCCAUCAUGAGUGUGAGGCUGGUCCCCCACAUGACCCACUUCGCCUCACUGCAUUGCCUGACUACACCCUGACCCUGCGGCGCUCCCCUGAUGACAUCCCACUCAUGACCCCCAACACCAUCACUAUGAUUCCCAACUCCCUGGUAGGGCUGCAGACAUUGCACCCCUAUAACACCUUUGCCGCAGGGUUCAACAGUACUGGGCUGCCCCACUCACAUUCCACUACCCGGGUAUAGCUCCAAUCCCUGGAGCACAGCCUAUCUUCUGGCUUCCCUCCUCCUAGAUUCAUGAACACGUGCACACACACACAUACAUACAUAUAUGUAUACGCAUACACCCACACCCUACAGCAGACCCACCUGCACAAACAUAGAUGUGGACAUGCACCCACAUGUACAAAAACACAAAUACGGAAGUAAACCUGAAAAACCCUUCAAAUGGUGACGAAAAUGGUCCUCCAUUAAGGACCCAUGGAACAGCAGCUGAAGCCAGCUCCCUGACCCUGACUACAGACACUCCUGGGGGGCCUGAAAGCAACAGCUGGACACCCCCUUGGUGCUUGCCUUCGGCCUCUCUUGGAACUGCACCACUGACCAACUCCAGACUUGGGAGCUUUAAAGAGCAGAGAAGCUCUUCCUCCCCCAGACUUGGUCUUUUUUCUGGGUCUUGUUUUUGUUGAUUUUUUUUUUUUAAUUUUGAAACAAAUGCUUUUCCAACCUGUGAGUGCUAAGAGACAGCUUAGCACUGAAGAGAGGGCUUCAGGCCCAGGUUUCUCUAGCUCUGGAACCCUCAGUGCUCACAUAUUCAGACCAAGGGACAGGACCCCUAGGAAAGAAACAGAUUUGAGCAAGACUAUGGGGUGGAAGGAGAGAGGGGCUAAUGCUGUAUGGGGGAGAGCCAUAGGGGAGAGACCUCCAACUAUCAGUGUCCCUGUGGAGGACUGCAGAGCCUGCAGAGUAACCUGCUUCCCCCCAAAGGCCAGCAGCAUCGGCCUGACUAGACCAGAGGGCCCUAGAUUUGGUGAAUGAGGUACUGUGGAGGCCAUGUCAUUAUUGAUCCCCCAUUGGGCCCUGGUAUGAUCUGGGUUCUGCCUCUGCCCUUGGGGAAAUGCUAUCAGAUAUUCCUCCCAUUUUCUUUAGUCUCUUUUGUGUCUGUCAUUUCUCUUUCAAAAAGGCAGUGUUUUUUGUUGUUGUUGGCUUUUUUUUUUUUUUAAAGAAAAGUUCUUAAAACACUAACGGAAACCCAUGGAGUUUGUCCUUUGUAAAAAUUUUAAACACAGUGUCUUGAUAUAAAAAUAAAAAAUCCAGUUAGCACUCCC